GUGGGAGACAAUAGAUUAGAGUUGGACGUUUUCCACUUGGCCACGACAUUUGAGUGCUGAGGCGGCUCCUCCCUCAAUAAUAGAGAGUAAAGAAAAGAAGAGGAGAGAAGAGAAAUAAUGGAGACAGUGAUGGAGGAAGUGGAGGAGUACAACUACCGAGAAGUGAGGCUUCCGUCUUUGAUACCAGUGGUGGGGGAGCCUGAGCUGGAGAGGGAAACAGGGGAGCGAAGAAGAGGAAGGGACAUACUCAUAGCCAUUGAUCAUGCUCCCAAUAGCAAGCAUGCUUUUGAUUGGGCUCUCAUCCACCUCUGCCGCCUCGCUGAUACCAUCCACCUCGUCCACGCCGUUUCUGACGUAAAGAACGAGGUCGUGUACGACUUAACCCAGGGUCUCAUGGAGAAGUUAGCCGUUGAGGCUUUUCAAGUCCUCAUGGUGAAGACAGUUGCUCGGAUUGUGGAAGGUGAUGCAGGGAAAGUAAUUUGCAGGGAAGCAGAGAGGAUCAAACCUGCGGCUGUAGUUCUGGGAUCAAGAGGCAGAAGCUUAAUUCAAAGUGUGCUACAGGGAAGUGUUGGAGAGUACUGCUUCCACCACUGCAAAGCAGCACCUGUUGUCAUCGUUCCUGGAAAAGAUGCUGGAGAUGCAUCAAUAUUGUAGUGAAGCUUUGUACGUAUGUCAAUUGGCCUUGUUAGUAUAUCUAACAGUCAUGUUUAGUGAUAUGAAGAUUGGUUCUGACUCAUUUUCACCAAGAAUAGAGAUGUUUUCCUUGCAUAUUAUUAACCACUAGCAUGUUAUUAAUUCAAUGGCUUAGUAACUCAUUUUCUCA